UCUAGUAGUAUCCGUCUAGCUCCUUUCUGCCAAGGGCCCCCGGCGGCAGCAGGGCGUAGUAGUAUUCCGGAAAGGCGGAAACGAAGGCUCGCUUGGCGUUGGCGCAGUCUCCCAUCUCCCCUCCAUCAUUGCCGCCCGAAACGGCAACCCGCCCGCCACCCUCUCUCCCUCGCUCCUCCAUGUGCCCGCCUGCAGCUCGCUCCAUCGCCAUUUAAUCCGCCUCGCCUCGCUGCUUGCUGGCUGCGCGUGGCAGCAGCCCGGCCGGCGGCAGCUUGCUAGUAGCGCUAGCUCCAUCAUCAUUUUCUUCCUCACAGCUCCUUGUUCUUAUUCACUCGUCGCCCGCUCGCCAAGCAAGCCAUUCACCUCCAGCACCGAACAGCUUCACCGUCAGAGUCCGGCCGCUCGAUUAUAUCGGCCGGCGGCCGUCAGUCAGUCGCCAGCAGAAAGCAGGAACGAAAAAAAUAAUAUAAUGGCUGCUGCGCCGGCGGCACCCAGGCCCAAGUCGCCGCCGGCCUCGCCCGACCCGUGCGGCCGCCACCGCCUGCAGCUCGCCGUCGACGCGCUCCACCGGGAGAUCGGCUUCCUCGAGGGUGAAAUAAGUUCCAUUGACGGGGUCCACGCUGCCUCCAGAUGCUGCAAAGAGGUUGAUGAGUUUGUGGGAAGAAAUCCCGAUCCAUUCAUAACGAUUCAGCCAGAGAAACGAAGCAAUGAGCAGUCUCAGCAGUUUCUGAAGAAGUUCCGAGCCAAGAGCUGCCUGAGCUACCUGUCGUGGAUCUGCUGCGGCGGCGGCGGGUGCCCGCCGUUCCAGCUGAAGACGACGAUGAGGCCGCCGUCGGCGAGCUGCUCCUGCGGCGGCGCGCGGCUGCGGAAGCUCUGCUCGUCCCCGUGCUGCUGCUGCUGCUGCUGCAGGUGCCGCGUGGUGUACGCCGGGUGCUGCGCGCCGUGCCCGCGCUGCUCGUGCGGCUGCGCCUGCCCGCGGUGCUCGUCGUGCGCCUGCUGCCCCACCUGCAGCGACGCGUGCUGCGCCCCGCGCUGCUGCCUGUGCCUAUGAUGGCGUUGCGUAUGAUGCGCGCGUGCUGCUUUAGGAUCGAUGCUGCUACCUGAUCGAUGAACGAAGAAGAUGAUGGCUUUGAUGCAUGGAUGUUGGCAGUUUGCGGUGUCGUCUGACAAUGCCUGGUCGUGCUGGCGAAUUGAGUCAACUUAUUAUUUCGGCCCGGGGUCGCGAUUUUUUUCAAAAUGACCUUUAUGUUCACAGAAAUCAAACAACAGUCUCCAGGAUA